GGCAUGGUUUUGCAAAACAACUUAUUAUUUUAUCUUGUAUAUGUAUUUUAUCUUUUAUAUAUUUUACUUUUUUUCAGCACUUUACAUUUUAACAAAUGGAACUGUGUUUUCUACGGAGACUUAUAUCAAUUUUACUGCAGUGACAAAAGAGUUUGGGCCUUUGGAAUUUAUCUGGCAGUUUGCAGACAGGCCACCUGAGCGAACAACUAGAAGAAGUAUUAUAAAAAGAUUCAAUCUACCUAACAUGUAUAGCGUUGUAGUUAAAACUUCAAACAAAUUCCACUCUUUCACUUCUGAUGUGCACACAAUAUUUGUGCAGAGAAAAGUUAUUCCUAAUCGUCUUGUUGCCAGUCCUUCAGUGCUUAUAAAUUCAAAUGUCAGUUUUUACUGUAGAAUAAAUUCUGGAACAAAUGUUAGCUAUUUUUGGGAUUUUGGAGAUGGAACCAAAAGACUUGGAAAGUACAAUGACACACAUGUCUAUAGAAGAGAAGGGGAAUACACAGUGAAUGUUUCCAUCUUCAACAAUGUCAGUUCUGCAUUUUUGACAAAGCAAAUUUUUGUUGUGAAAGAACCCUGUCAGCCUCCCCCUGUAAAAAAUAUGGGACCCCUUAAACUGCAGAUUCGAAGAUAUGAAGACCUAUUCCUUGGAGUUACAUUUGAGGCUACAGUAAUAUGCAAUAUCUCUCAAGGCCUUAAAUAUCACUGGUCUUUCAUGAAAACUGAUGGAACAUUUAUUUUCCUACCAGCUCAUGUUGAGAAUAGUAAACAAACAAUUACAUUGCCAGCAUUUUCCCUUGAUUAUGGAAAUUAUACAGCUCUAGCUCGAGUUCAAAUAAUUGGAACUGUGGUCUACAGUAAUUAUUCUGUGGCAGUUGAAGUUCAACCUACUGUUCCAGUGAGUGUGCUUGCAAAUGGCCAUCAUCUUUACAUAGAUAAAACCACUGUGGAAUAUUUCAUAUUGGAUGGAACAGCAUCAUUUGACCCAGAUAAUCCUGGUAAUCCUUUAAGGUUCUUCUGGGAUUGUACUCCACUGACUAAACAACAUCACUCGUGCUUCAAUGCAGAUGUGCAUGACCCAUUACAGACAAAUGAUGCCGUUAUCACUUUUCCAACUACUUUACUCCAUGAUAAGUUCGACCAGUUUCAAUUUAGUUUAAUUGUAUCCAGUGGGGAUCGUAAAUCUUCAAAUGCUGAAAUGUUUUUAUCCAUCAGUCCAGGCACAAAUUUUAGGUUACUGAAAAUUACUUGUGUUGAAUGCACAGGGAGCUCAGUCAACUGGAACAAACCAUUUUCUGUGCAGGCUGUUUGUACAGAUUGUAGUGAAACAGAUAAACUUACAUUUCAAUGGGAACUCUUUUGGAUUAAUGCAACUGAGGACAGCACUACUGAUGUUCCAUUUUGCAGAAUAAAAGAAAGCAUGGGAGCUCCAAGUUCAUUGGUUGCAAUUCAUUCUGCCAAUGAAACAUCUUUUGACAUCUCUAAUAUGCAAAUUGCAUCAAAUCAAAUUCAGCCUACUCCAAUCUCUAUGGAACAUGAAUACACUGAAGAUCUAUCUAAAUUAAUUGAGGUACCAGAAGUAAUUCAUAAUAACAGUGAGAAUACAGAAUCAACAACUGAUGUAUACUUGUUUGAAUCACCUGAAUUGAACUUGAAUCUGAUAGAAGAAGGAGUGGAUGGAUUGAGAGAAGGAGAUUCUAUGGAUUUUGACACACAUUUAUUUAAUGAUAUUAAAGAAGGUAUUGGAGGCUCUGGAACAAGGACUGAAGGUGAAAUAGAUCUUGAAGUGGAUUUUCCUACGGAAGAUUCUGGGUAUAACCUUGUUGAUCUGCCAAAUACAGCACCUCCGAUUUUACCUAUGAUACAGUGGUUAAAACUUCCCAUUAGUAUUGAUGUAUUCAACAGUUAUUGUACUUCAGGCAUUUCUUCUAACCCUGUUUCAUUCAAGCCAUUCGUUUUGAAACCUAGCAAGAUGUAUAUGCUUGAUGUCACUUUAGAAUCUAAUGGAAAAAAAGUUGGCCGAUCACAACUGUACCUUAGUGUCCAUGAAAUGUCUCAGAAAAUUACAUGUCAAGUUCAACCCAGAUAUGGCACUGAAGUUUUUACAAUUUUCAGCAUUUUCUGCACAUCAGGCAAAGAGGACCUUUCCUAUGAAUUCAGCUACCAAGUGGGGAAUUUAUCAAGGAAAAUGUUGUAUAAAGGAAGAGAUAUUCAAUACUACUUUAAUUUGCCAUCAGGGGAUCCAGAUAGUGGAUAUCAAGUCACGGUUUUUACUCAAAUAACAAAUUCAUUUGGAUCCCAAACUCAGCCAUGUCCACUGAAUGUGAAUGUACAUCCAGUUUUCUCCAAGAAUACAUCUAAUGCUUUACCGGAGAUUGAACUAUUUCAAGAAGGCUUGAGAAAUCUUUCUAUACUUGUGUUAAUGGGAAAUCACAUUGAGAUUCGAAACUACGUUGUCUUAUUAACCACAAUCCUCAAUCGAUUAUAUGCGGAGGACGAUGAAACAACUUUUGAGCAACAUGUACAAAUCCGAAAUAAACUGAUUUUCAUUGUUCAAGCCUUACCAUUUAAUAAUCAGCUUCUGGUAAUUCUUGGAAGAAUACAUUUCCCCCCUACACUUUGUAAACCCAGAACUCUUUCAGUGUCAAAAAUGUGUGCCUGUUUUAAAAUGAUCUAUCGUCCGCUGCAUUUAUGUUUUCACAUUCCAUUACAGGAGGAGCUUGCUGAUAUUGUGUUAAUGGUAAAAGAACUGUUAAACGCCACUAACCAGGUAAUGCCUGAAAGUGUGAGGCUUAUUUUCAAUUUUGUUAAAUCAUCCCUUAAAGAGAGAGAAAUUCCAUUAAAGGGAACAUUAACUAAGAGCUUAAUUACUCUGGUAUCCACUGUCAUGGAGGUGUCAUCCAAAUGGCCAGUCAUGAAAAAUAUAUUCAUGGAUGGAAUGGAUACUAUUAGUGAUUUGAUGCUGAAGCACAUUACCUUAAACAGCGAGCAGCAGUUCAAUCUGAGCACAAGUUUCCUGGAACUUCAGACUAACAUACAUGAAAACUGUCAGAACUACCUUCAAACCAUUGGUCCUUCAACAGUUCAUUUCCCAAAAUUACUGGAUACUUUAUGCAGAACACACAAUACUUCAGCUUUCACAUGUUACAUAAGUCAGCUGAUGUAUUUCAAAGAUAAAGAGUAUUUCUGGGGAACACUGCCAUUUGCGCUGGAUAAUGGUUUUACAAGCCUUAAUCUAUUUGACUGCCGCAGUAAAAGAAAAAUUAACAACAGAAAUAUUGUAACACCAGUGACAAUGGAGAUUGACAACAGAAAAACCCAAAAUACACUGUUGAACCAAACCCAAUUUUCAUUAUUUCGGGACAAGAUAAAUUUUCAUCAUUUUAACACAACUACUAAUGAUAAACAUGCUGCUUUAAGAAUAAUGGUUACAUUUCAUGAUACUGGAUCUAGAACUUUUCCUGUCUUACUUUUGAUAAGAUACUCCAAAAAACCCACUCCUCUGAAUUUCAAUUUUAAGCAAGUUCAUUCUACGGAAGAAAAUUCUACGCAGAUAUUUAUUCCAGCAGACUAUUUAAAAGAUUCAGGCUGUGUCUACCUGGCCUUGAUGGAUGCAGACUACAAAAGGCACCCAAGAAAUAAUUACAUAUCCAAAAUUUUACAAUAUACUCUUGAUAUUCAGUGGACACAGUGUUUGUCCUGGCAUAACAAUCAAUGGAAUUCUGAAGACUGUUCUACUCAGAAAGGGACCACGACAGCAAUGUUUAUCUGCAGCUGUACACGUCUGGGACUGUAUACUACUGCCAGUAGACAUGUGUUAUCUUAUUUUGACAAGGAAGAUGUCUCAAAGUUUAUAAGCACCACAAAAAAUCCUAUUCCUGGAAUUAUAGUUGUGCUUGCUAUUAUCUUCUACAUUUUGUUGAUGAUCUUUGGUAAAAUCAAGGACCAACAUGAAGAUCAGAAAAAGGCGUAUGUGUUUCUCCAGGAUAAUUCUCCAAAUGAACAGCAACGAUACGCUAUUAUGGUGGAUAUAGGAUUUCGAUCUAGACCAAAAUCAACAACUAAGGUUUACAUAAUUUUACAUGGUGAAGACGGUGUAUCUGAAACCCGAGAGCUUUAUUGUCCUGACAGACCUCUGUUUGAAAGAAAUUCACGGAAUGUAUUUAUAAUGAGUGUACCCGAUAGUCUUGGUCCAUUAUGGAAGAUUCAUAUUUGGCAUAACAACAGUGGUCAGUCACCAAGCAUGUACAUCAGCCAUGUAAUUGUCAAAGACCUGAAAAGCAAAACCAACUUUUUUUUCUAUGCGGAGUGCUGGCUUGCAGUUGAUGAAGGAGAUGGGAAAGUUGAACGUGAACUGACAUUUGCAGGACAUGGAUUAGGCUUCAGACGGCUCUUCUACUGCAAAUUCACUCAAUAUCUGGAAGAUUUCCAUUCCUGGGGUUCAGUCUUUAGCCGACCAUCUUACAGUUGGUUCAGUCAUACUCAACGAAUAACCACAUGUUUAGUCAUGUGUUUGGGGUAUAUGUGUUUCAAUGUCAUCCUUCUUUACUGGAAAGAAGAUCAGUAUGCUGCUGAAAAUGGCCCUAUUGAAAUUUCAACCACUUCUCUGAUAUCUGGAUUUCAAUCUACAAUGGUUGUGUAUCCAAUUGCAUUGUUAUUAUCACUUCUGUUUAGGUAUAGUAAGAAGGUGAAUAAAUAUCCCAGAGAAGAUCAUUCUAAAAUUAAGGCUUCUAAUAUAAACUGCCAUCAAGGUCAGCAACAUUAUAUACAAGAAGCAGACACUAUUCUUCAAUCUAGUUUGGCAUGGCAUCAUUUCCAGUACUGGGCAUAUGAUACCUGGAAGAAGAAAUAUCAGAGAGAUUUGUCCACUUCAAGUAUUCACUCUACAGAUGGCAGAAGAAAACACAAAAGUAGCUGCCCCUCACCUACUCAGAACUCUACUGGAAAUGAUGAUUGCAGUUGUAAUAUUAGUCAUUGUCCUACACCUGGGCUGAAAAACAUCAAGGAUUGCUCAAAUGGCACUUGUUUGCAACAAUCAUCAGAUCUUGGACUGUUUGACAUUUCCUUUCUACAUGAGAACAAGGUUCUGCCCCCAUGGUGUGUCUAUGUGGCCUGGUCACUUUGUGCUGUGUUUAGCGCAGGAUUUGGAAUAGUAACAGUGGUGAUUGGAAUCAGAUUCAGCAUUUCUAAGUGUAUUCUCUGGCUGCAUGCAGUUUUUCUUUCCAUGAUCUACUGCAUUUUUAUUUUGCAACCCUUUUUGAUUUUACUCAUAGCAGUCUUUGUAGCAUGGAGAAAGAAAGAAAGACCUGACUUUUUUGUGGAAGCAUUAAGUGAAGAUGUAAAGUAUAUUGCUGGGGAACAGUAUUUGCAGUUACCACACUUAACAACUCCAUCUUCUCAGAGUAGUCAUGAUACAUCAAACUUUGAAAAGAUCCUUGCUGCCCGGAAGAGAGCCCGGUACCUAAGGUUGGCGCGACCACCCACUAGACCUCAACUAAGAAUAGUCAGAGACAAGGUCAGAAGGAAGACAGUAAUAAAGAAAAUAUUUAGGGAGCUUACAGCAUACAUUGUUAUGACCUCUGUAUUUGUGUUGAUAACAUUUGGGAAGUAUUCAAACAAUGAAUAUCUUUCAAACCAAGCAGUAAGAAAUGAAUUUAUAAGAAACCCUGUACAGCUUUUUAAUGACAUCAAAACAGAAGAUCAGUGGUGGAACUGGAGCUUUAAUGUGUUACUUGACCGUCUAUAUUGGAAUAAUUCAUAUGAUGAGAUGUAUUCAAACAGAGAGGCUGGACCAGUAGAAGGGAACUUUUUUCUUACAGGAGCCCCUAUUAUUAUAAAAUAUAAAUCUGCACAUAGAUCUAACCAAAUGAUUUCUUAUUUUAUACGUGGAAACCCAUUUUUUACUUCCUCUUAUGAAUUGUCAAAAGAAGUAAACUAUAAGCCAAAUACACAGAAAAGCAAAGAGACUCUAGAUCAAAUAUAUUAUCAAUGUGGUAAAAUUCAAUGCUAUAAAGAACAAGGUUCUGUAAUCAGCCUUGGCAGAUUAAGAACUGAAGCCCAUUCGACAUUACUGAAAAUGAGAAAUCAGAGGUGGAUAGAGAGAGGAACAAGUGCACUUGCUGUACAGUUUGUCCUUUAUAACUCUCCAACUAAUCUAUUUACAAUGAUAUCGCUCCUAAUAGAGUUGCCUGCUUCAGGUGGUAUUAUUACCUCUUCAGCUAUAGACUCUUUAAGAAUUUACCGCAUCACCAGCUUAAUGGAUUAUUUCAUUAUGGCAUUUGAGAUGGUAUUUCUUUCUAUGAUACUUGUUUCUUUCUGCAUACAACUGAGUACUAUUAUUCAGAAAAGCAUCAAAACCUACUUUCAAGACAUAUGGAACUGUUUGGAGGUAUCAAUAAUCGUGUUCAGCCUGUGUUAUUUCAUCAGUCGGUUCUACUAUUUCAUGUUUGUCGUUGACCUUAUUGAUCAUCUUCAGAGAGGAUUUUUCAGACUAUUCAUAAAUUUCAGUUUGAUCGCUGAUUAUGAAAAGUGGUUUCGACGUUUGCAUGGGAUCAUUUUAUUUUUGAUGAUAAUUAAGUUAUUAAAGAUGCUACAUUAUUAUAGAAUGAUGGCUCCUUGUAUAGCUCGGUUUCACCUUUCUUGCUCCAACUCAACAUUUAUCAUGCUCAUAGGGAUUGUGUCCAUGCUGUGCUAUUCAUCUCUGGGACAUACAAUCAUUUCCUCUGAUCACUAUCCUUUCACUAGUGUGCUACAGUGCAUCCAGACCACCUUUGCACAGUUCCUCAGAAUUCACACAUCAAAACAUAUAAAUAUUUUUAACGUGCAGGUCAAAUGUACCCAAGCCUGGGUGGCUGGAUUAUAUGGAAUACUGUUUUCUGUUUUUAUACUUCUAUGGACUGGAUUGUUAAAAGGAGUCCUCAGUUCAGUGGCAAAAUAUUCUAAAAAAGUUCAUCGCAGCAAACAGUUUGUGACAUUUAAAGAAGUUCUAUCUCAUGCAAGAGAAUUGAUAUUUUCAGUUGUUGAUCGACACAGACAGAAGAGCACAGACAGCAUUUCUAUAGCUGGAAAUAAUUUCUAUUUGGAUGAAUUUGAAGACCUGAUAGAUGAGCUUCUGUUCCGACUAAAUGCCAUAUCAGACAGCCUUCAUCAUUCACUUCCUGCAAAAUCACACAGUUACACUGAAGAAGAGGAUGAUCACAAUAACUUUGAUACUUGCUCCAAUUUCUCUUUUAAGCAAGCAGCCACAGAGUAUGAAGAUGGCAUGCAGCAUGAACAGUUGGGGAUAGACACUGUCACUCUGGGAAGAGGAAUAAGCUGUCUUUUAAAUGAAUCUGGUGGAAAAAGAAAUCAACAACAAAAUAUGGAAAACGUUGAACUUGGAAUCGUAUGUAAUAAUCUAGAGGAUGUUCAGAAAAGGCACAAUAACAAUAUAGAAAUGAAUAGUAAGUGCCUAGUCAAGACUGAACAGGAAAAUGGACUGGAAAUUGGAAAGCAUGCAUCCAUUUUAAGAUUACCUCAAGAAGUCCACACUAAACAAACAAAGGAUAUUCAUGCUUCUGUCCUUCAGUGUGAUCAAAUAGAAAACAGAGUAAGAAAUGAAUCCCUUUGCACUUCAGACAGCAUAUUACAUAGAGACUGCAAAUCUUUAAAACAUUCAUAUAGCAAAGCUUGUGAGCCUUUGGAAAAUAGUGCUAUGGAUUUCUUGGGUGCAAAUAAACAUACCACACGGUCAGUAAAAUUACAAGAUGAUGAUACUGCACAACAACAGCACUACAUUUGCCAAGCAAGCUUUUCUGAAAUGAAAAUGGAAAAGGGAACUGAAAAUAUCCGUAUUCAAAGUAAUCUACACAGUUCUAUGGAGAACAAAAACAUGGCACUUUCAGUAAAUGACUCACAUGCUGGUGGGACCAGUAAGCCACAUAUUAUUAGACAAUGUUGGUAGUUUAUUCUUUGGAAAUAUACAUAGUGCUAGUAGAAUAAUAGAGGAAAAGUUGAGAGUAACGGUUACUAAAUUAAGUGGAAAAUCUAAUAUAAGUGGAAAUUAGUAAAAAUUUUGUUUGUAUAAUCUUUUUUUUUAAUAAACAAGUUGUGUUAAUGUA